CAAACAACCAGCGCUAGCUGCAAGUAGGAACGGUAGAAGACCCCGAUUGUACUCGAUUCGGAAUAGGAUUCCUCGUCGUCUGAGGUCUUGUCUUGGCUUACAGGGUGUAUAAAUAAUGGCCCGCAGGCUAUCUGUGGACGUCCACAAUCGAUUGUUUUAAGGAAACCCUAAGAACAUGGAGAACCCCAAGGGCGAUGCAAUGAAACCGGAGGACUUGGACUCGUCGGGUGAAAUUUCCGACCUUGACAAUGAAGUCCAGUCCACUAACACUUGGCCAAGUGGGCUUCCCAAGGGCGUUGACUACUAUGACUAUUUUCUUGGUGAUGAUUAUGACGAUGAAAUGCAUAAUAAGCUCUCGGUAGAUGAAGCGGACCUUAUAUUGUCUCCUCUUACCAUAAUAAUACUUGAAAGAGAGAAGGCGCAAGAGGAGCUCAUGGAUAUGGUCCAGCACCUCGUAAAAGAACAUCCCGAACUCAUCCCAUCAGCAAAAGAACUUCUCGAGGCCCUUGAGUGUGAUUGUGAUUGUGAUGACAACAAGCAUGCUGAAAAAGCCAUGGAGCUUUUGAAAAACCAACACGUUCACCAAGGUUUCGUGAGAAUUUUUGCUGAGGGUUUCGCUGUUCUCAGGUCUGUAAACCAGCUGGCAGAGAAUGAGCUGGAGUGCAGAACGGUUGCUAAUAGGGUGGCUCGUAUUAGACGAGAUCCCUUGUUGGAUAAAUGUGUCUCGGCCAAAGGGGACGUAGAUAUAAUGAGGGGGGGUUUGUGCAUUUUAGUCGCGUACUGGAUUGAUCGAAGACUGGAAAGAUGGCUUAGCGAACAGGCCUCUCAGCAUGAAAAAAUUAUUCCCAACAUAUUUCUUGUCUCUAAUAUUUCUUGUUAUUAUUUUUUAUUGUCGUGUGUGCAGUUGCCCCAAAUUCGCAGCAAUACACAAAUCGGCCACCGUAUUAGGGCUACGAACAAGAUGAUGUCACAGUGUGAGGAGUUGGGUGUGGGUGUUUAG